AUUCUGCGAGAGCUGGCCCAUUCCACAGCACAACAUUGCUCCUGCUCGUCACACAAUCCACUGCUGAAUAUUGGAGAAGAGCUCCUAGAGAUUUGCAGCGUCAUCUGUACUGCAGCCAAGGAAUUGAGCUGAAAAUGAAAACUGCUGUGAUCAUCUUCUGCCUUAUAGGCAUGGCCUACACAAGACCUUCCUCAAGUGAGAGCCACAGCAAGUCUAUAUCAGAUUCACUUCCAGAUUCCUCUUCAUCAUCAUCAUCAGAAGAAAGAUUUAGUACUGCCCCAACUGUGAAUGGAGCAACAGUUCAGUCUAUCAUUACAGAAGAUUUUGCAAGAGGAGAUAGCCUGCGCCGUAGACGUGCAGUUAGAACGUCUUCAGAAUCUUCACACCAGGACACAAACUCCAUUGAAAGUAUAUCUGAUUCAUCCUCUUCAUCAGAAGAAGUCAGCGUUGCACCAACUCCUGGGGGAACAACAAUUUUACAGACAAGGGAUAACUCACUUCGCCGUAGACGUUCUCUUGAUCAGGUUGCACAUGGAAGUUCCUCGUCACAUCAUUCUGAGGAGAGUGUAACCACUGAAAGCACAAGUCGCCAGUCCCAACCACCUGAGAGUUCAGAAGAAGACAGCCAUGAGCAAAGUACCAAGAAGAAUCUACUACAAGAAAUCCUUGGUACAACUACACCAGAUCCAGACACAUCUGAAGAGAGCUCAGAGGAAAAGACAACACCCGUAUUCGAGCCCUGAGCACUUGACCUAUCCUCAUAUUAUUUUUGCUGUCCACCGUCUUUCUGUUUGUGUGAAUGAUUUGUGUUCUGUUCUGCCAAUGUAAUUAUUCAUUGAGUCUGCUCAGACUUUAGUUCAUACAAAAAUAUGAACCAAUGUCAGAGGUGCCUUCUCCCCACCAUUCAGAUAUUUUUUUUUUUUUUUAAGUAAGGCUUUGUUUUUAUCUGUGUUGGAGGCUUUUGUUGCAGAAUCCAUCAAAAAUGGCAGGCAAAACAAGGCAUACAUUUUGCCUGGAAAUAUGAUGAGGAAAACCGAAUGGACUCUAUUAUAGUUAAUGGGGUUUGUCUGGCACAUGACUGAUCCAUCUUUGGUCAGAAAAAGGAAACAGAAAAUUGGAAUGCCCAACACAGAUGUUAAUGAAGCCCACAAUUUACCAAGUUACCAUUAUUUUAAUAUACAACACUAUUUUAAAAAUCUUCUAAAAUUGUUUAAUAUCACCACCAGAAGAGGCGCACCAAAUUAAUGUAUACAAAUGAUGGCCUGCCAUAAAGCGCUGCUGCUGUGCUUGCUCUGAGGGGAGCUAAUUUAAAUUAGGCAUAUAAAUGUUUGGCUGCUGAUGUGGAAAUGAACACUUAGAGACUACUUCUAGAACACUAGGGACGUAUGCAAUUUCCAGUGUCUUGUGCAUUGCAGAAAUACCGACCUUUCUACUGCAUGUAUUAAUACUUGAUUGUAACUUGUAAUUAUCUGUAUAGAAUUAACUGCCUGUAUGUUUUACUUGUGUUUUUCUAACACUCCCUCUAUAUCUCAUUUAUGUGAAUAUUCACAUUCUGGUAUAUUUUAGUUGAAGGAUAAUAAACAUUUAAUCAAAAUUAA